CGCCAGCGAAGAAGAAGCACCGACAGCAGCAUUUCGGCUCCUGGUCUAAGGGCCUGCCGCUCAGUUACUUGUGCCGGCCUAUUAUUAAUCUGAUCAGUAGCUGGCUUUGGAAUGGAAAUAGCCACCAGCAACAAGAAAGGAGCCACCACUGGGAUGGCUACUGCAAAGCAGGUGGCAGCAGUAGGGCAGGUUCUGGUCAACCCAGGUCUGGACUUGAAUCGGCGCUUCAGAGCUUUAUUCACCCUGAGGAACCUGGGAGGUGCUGAAGCUAUAGAAUGGAUCAGCAAGGCUUUCACUGAUGAUUCGGCCUUGCUGAAGCAUGAGUUGGCCUACUGCCUGGGACAAAUGCAGGACAGACGGGCCAUUCCUGUUCUGACAACUGUGCUCAAAGAUACCAAGCAGGAGCCAAUGGUCAGGCAUGAAGCAGGGGAGGCCCUUGGAGCGAUUGGUGAUUCUGUGGUUUUGGACCUGCUGAAGGAGUACAGUAAGGAUCCCGUCAUAGAGGUUGCAGAGACUUGUCAGUUGGCAAUGCGUCGGCUGGAAUGGCUUCUUACUGGUGGAGAGACGCAGUUGCAGGAUGGCAGUACAGAUAAGAACCCCUACUGCUCCGUAGACCCAGCUCCUCCAGCACCCAGGAGGAGUGUACCAGAGCUGCACUCUGUGCUGCUAGAUGAAAGUCUGUCGCUCUUUGAACGCUACCGAGCCAUGUUUGCUUUGCGGAACCUGGGCACAGAGGAGGCUGUGGUUGCACUUGGAGACGGGUUGCAGUGCUCCAGUGCACUAUUUCGUCAUGAGAUUGGCUAUGUUCUGGGCCAGAUGCAACACCCGGCAGCCAUACCAGCACUGUGUGCAGUUCUGGAACGUUCUAAGGAGAACCCCAUGGUCCGGCAUGAGGCAGCAGAGGCUCUUGGAUCCAUUGGAAAAGAGGAGUGUCUGACUGUGCUGCAGAGUUACCUUAAAGACCAAGAACGUGUAGUCAAAGAAAGCUGUGAGGUUGCCCUGGACAUGCUGGAAUAUGAAAACGGUGAUACGUUCCAGUAUGCAGACGGACUGGUCAGUCUGCACCCUCUACCUCAGAGAGACGCGCAUGACUGAGACCCUACAGGUUGAUGCAUAGCCAAGUCUGGAAAAGUGCAGAAUUUUAUUUCAGUAUGUAAAUAUUAUUGCUGAAAUGUUCCUAAAUUCCUAUCCCGUUGUAUAAUUAUGGCAUCUUUUCUAUUGUGUUUGUAACAAAACAGUUUUAAACACAGUAAGAAGCAAACAACAUUCAACUCAGACUAAAUAAACAAAUGUAAUAUGACCUAAAAACAAGAGCAAAUUUUAUAGGAAUAUUUCUCUGUUUUCUUGAAAUAAAUUGAAAUUGUCCCAGAGGAAUCAA